AUGAACUCAUGUGGCAAAGCAGAGGAAGUUUCCCGGAGCUCGGCAGGCAGCUCCGCGGCGGCGGACGCAAAGCAGGUGGAGGAGGGAGAACCCGGCGUCUCCCCGCGAGCCCCGGCCCCGCCGCCGGCCAGCGGCAGUGAGAAGGCCCCUGUGGUGAAGGCCAAAGCUGCCCACGUCAUCAUGAGCUCUUUGAUCACAAAACAGACCCAGGAGAGCAUUCGGCGUUUUGAGCAACAGGCAGGGCUGCGAGAUGCUGGCUACACCCCUCACAAGGGCCUCACCACUGAGGAGACCAAGUGCCUUCGAGUGGCAGAAGCACUCCACAAACUAAAGCUCCAGAGUGGAGAGACAGCAAGAGAGGAGAGGCAGCCAGCCUCCACGCAGCCCACCCCCAGCAGCAGUCCCCAGGCCUCUCCUAAGCAGAAGACCAGAGGCUGGUUCACCUCUGGUCCUUCCACAGCCUUACCCGGCCCCAGUCUUAGCACCAUGGAUUCUGGAAGCGGGGAUAAAGACAGCUCGACCGAUGAAUGGAGCCUCUUUGGACCAAGACCGCUCCAGAAGUCUGAGUCAGGAGGCUUUGCCAUCCAGGCCUACCGAGGAGCUCAGAAGCCUUCUCCAGUGGAAGUGAUGCGCGCACAAGCCGCCCGGAGCGGGGAGGAGCCAGCAGCGUCCAAGCCGCCCAAGAUGGACAUCCCGGUGACGGAAGGGACGAGACAGCUGCCGCGGGCCCACAGCCUCAAGCCCCGCGACCUGAAUGUUCUCACACCCACUGGCUUCUAGAGCUUUCUGUCCCGGGGACGCUGCAUCGAGGGUGUCGAGCCCAGCUCCCUUUACCGUGGCUCUGACAUAGGAAAAGUUUUGUCUUUGUGAAAAUCAAACUGAGGCUAGGUGGAGACAUAAUUGGUUUUUGCGAGACAUUAGUGCAAAGCUUGUCCUUGUGUGGAAAAGCCAGUUUUGUAUUGCUCUAGCUUUAGACUAAACUUGAGCAGUGAUGUAUGGGGACCUCCCUAGAACUUGGGCCACCGCUUACUAGGUGACUGUCUUCGAUGUUCCAGAACCAAGGCUUCAGGAUUCCUUCAGCACUGUCCAGGUGCGCACGGACAGAACACGGCGUGGGGACGUCCGCGGACUAGUGCAGGCGGCUUCGGCCCUCGCGGCCGUGCUGGCGCUGGGUGCUCCGGUCUGCUGUUAGGGAACCCUAGACCCGCUGGAGAUGUGGGUGCAGCUAGGAGCCAGCCCGGCAGGGACCCCCCGUUUGUGCUGGCAGCAGCCUCCUCGAGUUCUGGGGGACCUCACGGGCCCCCGAGUCCCGCAGCCAGCCCUUCCUCUGGGACCUCUGGGGCCCGUGCUGCGGGAGGGGUGCUUCUCUUCUGCGUGUCACAGAACAAACACUAGUCUUAACAUAUCCUUUGUUGCACUUUACAGUGAGAUUAAUUUAACUUCCAUUUGGUUGAAAACUUCCUAAGGAGAAAAUUCAGUCUACUGGCUUGCUAUAGAUAAAUGGAUGUUAAACUUUAAAAAAAGAGGUGGCAACUGCGGUUUGGAUAUAGUCUUGAGGUUCAUAUGAAAACUAGUGUCACUCUAUUUUGAUUUUCUUGUUCAGGCUAGGGCUUGAAAAUUUUUUUCCUGGGAGGUAGAAGAAUUAAAAAAUUUCUGUAUGCAAUCAUUUUCCCCUCAAAUGAGCCUCAUACCUUUGUAAACAUGUACCUCACUGAGGAAAGGAACUGGGGAAGCCACUUUUUCAUUUCUCUUCACCGUGUACAUGUACAACCACUGUCUUGAACGCUGUCUCCCAUUCCUGCUGUCUUUUGCUUUGGACGUUAUUGUGUCUACUCAAGGAGCCGAGCUGACCUUCCCCCAGAGGCACCCUGGAGUCUCAAAUGAUCAGAAUUAAUUUAUUUGUGUCUUCUGUUACGCUUGUAUCUCUUACUUGUUUUGACAAUAAAAAUCCUUACU